AUGGCCAAGGAAGCUCCCGCCCGCUCCGGGCUCACCAUCGGUCUUAACCGUGGCCACAAAACCACCGCUCGCGUCGUCAAGCCCCGUGUUUCCCGCACCAAGGGCCACCUGAGCAAGCGCACCGCCUUCGUCCGUGACAUCGUCAAGGAGGUUGCUGGCCUUGCCCCCUACGAGCGCCGUGUUGUUGAGUUGCUGCGCAACAGCAAGGACAAGCGUGCCCUCAAGCUAACAGCAUCACAGCUCGGUACCUUCGGCCGUGCCAAGAAGAAGGUCGACGAGCUCCAGCGCGUCAUCGCCGAGUCUCGCCGCACUGCUGCCCACUAA